CAUUCCUGAGUUGCACAUUUUUAUUGCAUCAGUGGGGUGGAUUCAGCCCAGCAGGUUUUAAUGUACUGUUAGCAAAGCUGAUAGAUACAUCAUUAAGUGUGCUGAAAAUAAAUCGUGGAACGUGCAUUAGGAAGAAUAAUAAAAUCGGUGAUGUGUCUAGCACUGUGCUGACUCCUUGAGACCAACAGGUGGCAGACACAUCCAUCGUAAUACAUCUCAUUUACCUGCUCCACAUAACAUGAAUGUGUAGCCAGUCUUAUCAUGGAUGUAUUUAAACAGGACUUUGUAAGGAUGUUUGAAUAAAUUGUAAACAUUGAAAGUCAGAAAUUUAGGAAAUAAUUAUGCCUAAAGACUUAUGUAAAAACACAUUUUGACUUGGCUAUCACCUCCAUUAGAACAAGUAGAGGUAGUGGAUGGGGGAUAAAAAUCUUCAAAUUUUAAUUAUUUGUUAUAAAUAUACGAAAAGCACAUUUAUGUUUGGAUUAUAUUGUGUAUUUUAAGUAGUUACAGGUUGGUAUGAUGUUAUCUUGCAUCCUUACAGUUGUCAGCAUUUGCUGUCCAUUCUUAGCGAAGGAGAAACAAUGCAUUAGGUAUUGGGUUUGAUUUGCUGUUAUGUAUUAUGUAUAAUUUUCACCAUGUUUUCUCUUCUUCGUUUUAAUGAAAAAUUAUUUUGGCGUCUUCCUGAUCUUGCCUCCUUCCAGAUGGUGGCCGCUGUUGUCUCAAAGGCCGCACCCUUUGGGGGAAAACCCAUGAUGUCAUUUAGCGGUUAUCUGGCUGUUUGGGAAGUUUACUCCUCUCAAAACAUUUUCAGUCCAAGUGUCUUGGAAAUGUGUGAGCUAAACUGAACUCGCCUUGUAGCUGAGACACUUUUGAGUGUGUGUUUGUGUGGACUACGGUUGUAUUUUAGAUUAAAUACAAAACUGAAGACGUAGAUCAACUAGAAUUUCUAAAAUAAAUGUGGGUUGGUGUGAGUGCACCCCUAAGACGAGAUGUAAGCAUGACGCGGUAUUAUUUUUGACGACGAUGAGUAAUCAGAAAUUAGAUAUUCAUCGAGUGUCUGUGCUGACGAGAGUUGAUAGCCUAGAUAUGUAGCAAGGACGGCAUGGGGCAGUGUUCUAACUGUUUCAUUUUUCACGAAAUAAUUGUCACACUCGUAGUCCUAUGUGACAAGUUCGUGGUCGCACUGGUGCAUUGCAGAUUUCGUGUCUCCUGCAGAUCACUCGGUGCGACGCUACCUAAAAAUAAACUAAGUUGUCACCAUGUACACACAAAAACAAAAACGAAAGGACAGCCAGAGAAUGCAGGAGGGAAGAAAAGAGAAUGCAAUGGCGGUUACUUCUGCCGAGACAUCCCCCGACCCCUAAACCGUCAGUGGAGGCCGAGGUGAAUCCUGAACAGGCGCAGGGCACAUGAUUGGUGAGUCAGCGGUGCUUGUGAUGUGCAUAUAUAGACACCGACGACGGUCGGGCCUGACCAUUCAGUACUGCAGCAGCAACAUCUUUCUUUGUACCUACGUACUUAGGAUUUAGGGCUUCUUGAGUCGGGACCGGCUUGACACAGUGGACACUGCUCGAGUAACGAGACCAUCAAAGAACACUACACAUCGCAGACAGUGCACCUAGCUUUCGUCCUGCGAGGCCAUUAGGAAGAACAAGACUUCGCUGGACAGUGCUCCGAACACUUUGUCCUGUUGGACCGUCUGGAUACUCUGGAACUCAAUACUUCCCAAGACAGUGCUGUUAAAAACUUUGCCCCCUGGGAGCGACUCCUGACUGUUGGGUGAGAGGUUGUGGUGGGGUCGUGCCCACCUUCGGUCUGACAACUGCAUCUGACCACUGCACUCAGGAUAUCAUGGAGGACACUCGGACGUCGCUUUAUCAUUUGAAGACAGCUGCAGACGACAAGGUCGGGACGAACGAAUUGGAGGGGUGGAUAGAACAGCUGAUGAAGUGCCAGAAGCUGUCAGAAGCGCAGAUCAAGAUGCUGUGUGAAAAGGCCAAAGAUGUUCUCAUCAAGGAAUCCAACGUGAGACAGGUUUGCUGCCCCGUGACGGUGUGUGGCGACAUCCACGGCCAGAUGUACGACCUGCUGGAGCUGUUUCGCAUCGGAGGCAAACCCCCGGACACUAAUUACCUCUUUAUGGGCGACUACGUUGACAGGGGCUACUACUCUGUGGAAGUGAUUUCCCUUCUUCUUGCACUUAAAGUGCGUUACAGAGACCGGGUAACGAUACUUCGAGGUAACCACGAGACUAGGAUGACAUCACAAGUGUACGGAUUCUACGACGAGGUUCUUUGCAAGUAUGGCAGCGCCAAUGUGUGGAAGCUCUUCACAGAAGUCUUCGACUAUCUGCCUCUGACGGCGCUCGUAGAAGGGCAGAUCUUUUGCUUGCAUGGAGGGUUGUCGCCUUCAAUAGAUACCCUUGACCAUAUAAGAGCCCUGGACAGAAUACAAGAAGCACCGUAUGAGGGACCAAUCAACGACCUCUUGUGGUCAGACCCGGAUGAUCGUAUGGGGUGGGGACGAUCCCCUCGAGGGCCGGGGUACGUGUUCGGACAGGACAUCUCCGAGUCUUUCAACAACACCAACGGGCUAUCGCUGGUUGCCAGGGCACACCAGGCUGUUAAUGAGGGUUAUCAAUGGUGGCACAACCAGAACGUUGUCACCACCUUCAGUGCACCAAACUACAUGUACCGCCUCGGAAAUCUGGCCGCCAUUAUGCAAAUUAGCGAGGACAUGACCUACAAAUUUGUCCAGUUCGAUGCAGCACCGAGGAAAGACAACGAAGGCAAGCCUGAACGAUCCUUGCCGGAUCACAUGAACAUCUACUUCUGAAACAAUCGUAGGCUGAGCAAGUGUUUCUGACAAGUCGCCGCGUGCUCACCACGUGAACACAAUAUUGUAAUGCCUCAAGCUGAAGCACAGGUUUACCACACAUCAUGAUUCAUGAGUGGAUUUCAUCAACUGUGCAAAGUUACUCACAUGUGACACAAACGUCAUCCAGGCCACGCGCGGGCACACACACAUGUAUACAUACACUCUGCAGUGGCACAGGAACCAGGGGAGCAAGGGGGCAGCCACCCUCUCAAGAAAAAAAUACUGAGGGGACAAGAAUGUUCACUGUCAGCGUGGGGUUCCCCCUCCUCCAAACCAGCAUUUUCCUACGUCACUGCACUGUAUGGAGCUAUUCUGUAAUGUGGAGAUGGAUGUUGAGCAUGUUUGCUUUUGCCCCUGACGAAGACAUCUCAUCUUUUAUCAUCGAAGUCACUGGCCACCAAGAUCGAAUAUUAACUAAAACAAAACAGAUCAAGUGCGAGGAAAAAAAAGUGAGUGAAGACAUGAUCGAAGGAAAUGAAGUUUGUGCAGGUGAACAAAGGAAUAGGGAAGAACAAUACCCUCGGCACCUAUAGACAUGUGUAUAAUCUGCUUGUUAUAUACUAAAUCUACCUACUUUUCUAAGACGUAUUACAUUUUAUUCCAUGUUGCCCAUCACAGAACUGUUUCCUUGUGAAAUUUUCUCUAUUCUAUACAAACGAUUAUUUAGGAUUAAGAAAUUUACACAGAAUAAAACUGGAGGUUUUGGUGUGUGUGAGCAUGUGCCCACAUACGCCCACCCCGGCAUACAUAUAUGCCUUUGUGUGUGCAUUUAAGCAGUAUGUGGAUCAUCUGUGUCCAAAGGCACAGAAGAUCCGAAGAUGUGUCAACAUUUAAAAAAAAAAAAUAAA